AUUAUUUUUGACGCCCCCUAGUAGUAACUACACCUAUCGUUUAGAAUUGAAGCGCUCUCUAGUAGGUUUUAUUAUAAUUCUAAUGGAAUUCUUUUUCACUCGCACAACAAAUUUACUCAAAAAUAACUCAAUAUUCUCCUUUAAUAUAUCGGCAUAUAUUUGAAGUAUUAUUUUCUUUAAUCAUAUAAAAACAAAAUACAACAUGCCAUCGCAGUUAGCAACGAAAAAGCAUGCUAAAUAUUUCCAGAGGUUAUUACGAAUAAUGCCCAAUUGUUCAGCAGAAUUUGACUGUUCUAGACUUGCAGUAGCAUUUUUUGCUAUAUCAGGAUUAGAUAUAUUAAAUUGCUUGAAUGAUCUUAGCGAAGAAACAAAAUUAGAAGCAAUUAACUGGAUCUAUAGGCUUCAAAUAACUGGAGCUGGACCACGUUCAGGUUUUCAACCUUCUACAACAAUACCAAAGGAUGCUCCAAAAUAUCAAUGUGGUCAUUUAGCAAUGACAUAUAUUGGAUUAGUUACCCUUUUAAUUCUUGGUGAUGAUUUAAGUCGUGUUGAUAAAAAAUCCAUUAUUGAAGGAAUGCGAGCUUGUCAAAAUCCAGAUGGAUCAUUUACAGCUAUUAUAACAGGAUGUGAAAGUGAUAUGAGAUUUCUUUAUUGUGCUUGUUGUAUAUCUAUAAUUUUAAAUGAUUGGUCAGGCAUUGAUAAAACAAAAGCAAUUGACUAUAUUUUAAAAAGCAUUUCAUAUGAUGGAGCAAUGGGCCAAGGACCUGGUCUUGAAUCACAUGGAGGAUCUACAUAUUGUGCUGUAGCUAGUCUAUUCCUCAUGAAUGAACUUCAUAAUGUAUUGACAAAUGAUCAAUUAAAUAGACUAAAAAGAUGGUGUCUUAUGAGACAAGAUAGUGGCUUUCAUGGACGACCUGGAAAGCCUUCUGAUACUUGCUAUAGUUUUUGGGUGGGUGCAACUCUACAAAUGCUUGAUAUUAAUAAAUUAUCAGAUCCUGAUAAGAAUAAAGCAUUCCUUCUUGAAACUCAAGACAGUAUUGUUGGAGGAUUUGGAAAGUUUGCUGAUUGUUUGCCAGACCCUCUUCAUACAUACUUAGGUUUAUGUGGUUUAAGUCUUUUAGGAGAAACUGAUUUAUGUAUAAUGAAUGCUGCUCUUAAUAUCUCUGAUCGAGCAUACAAACAUUUAUUAAAAAUUCAAGAGGUAUGGUAAUAUAUUUAACAAUUUAUAAAAUAUUUGCAGCAACCAAAUCUCAUAUCAAACGCACAGAGUUAAAGCAGGAAGGAAAAAUAACAUUUUUGCAUUUUAUCAUGAAUUCUAUUUGUAAAGUUCUCACAGAUUCUCUGUGCCUAGAACCAUUAUUCUAAAAAUGUCAAUUAAUAAAAAUAUUAUGAUUUUGAAAUAUGUUAUUAACUAUUCUGUUUUAAUGAAGACACUUGUUAGAUAUAUAUCUAAAAUAUGUCAUAUUAAAAAUAAAAAAAAAAAUUAGUA